AUGGCAAUUUUGAACAGCAAUAAAUUGUUUUUGUCGGUCAUUUCACUUACGAGUUUAUUAAGAAGUUCAUUUUCACGUAACAAUCGAUCAUUUUCUUUCAUAAGAUCGCUUAUUACAACUUCAUUCUGUGUCUUACGUUCCUCGCUCAGAAUAAUAGCAAUUUUCACAUACAAAAUCACUAUCUCUGGGUAUUUCUUCAUCUGCACACUUUUGAUGAACCACAUUUUCGCAUUUCACACACUUAUAACUAUUUUUUGCGGCUUUUUUGUUGCAUUUUAUGCAUUUUUCACUAGACAUGUUUUCGUUAUGUAG